AUGCAUCCCCUACAGCUGCCCCUUCUCCUUGUCCUCCAAGCCGCCUUCCAACCAGUGUCGGCCGACCUCAUCAGCAGCUCCAAAGUGGAGAAAUGCAUCAAGACGUCCGUCUCCGACUUGGACUGCACAGAGAAGCUGGUGCUGCUCCUCAACAUCAAUACGGGAGAGGUGAGCCACUCCAUCACCAAUUGAGGCACGCCGCCAUUUUUCAUGCCUUGCAUGCGAGUGCUCCACAGGGCGGGUCCGAGUACCUUGAGCUGGGCGGUGUGUCGGUUGAGGACACGCUGGGCGACGGCGAGAGGGUCAAUCUGUCCUUCUCGAAGGACAUCCGAGUCAAGAUCUUCAAGGAGGACGUGUUGGUGUCCUACCCACUGGUCUACAUACAGGUGCCGCCACUUCCUCUUGCCGCUUCAUAUCUGUCUGUCUGUCUGAUGGCAGGAUGUCUAUGACGAUGCAGCCGAGGUGCAGAACUUCGACAAUCGGCGUGCAGUCGGCGGCAUUUUCUCGAGCACCGACAACUGCGAGACGGACGAGAUGAAGCUGUACCGCAAGCACACGGAGGACAACACAUGGGUCAAGGACAACAAGUGGAAUCGGCUCUCCUGCGGCGUGCUCUUCAAGGACGAGGGCGAGCCCGACGGGCCGGACAGGAAGUACGAGCCCAUUCCGUCGAGCGGCGGGUUCUGCUGCUUCUGCGAUAACUUUGAUGCGGCCUUUCCGACUAUUGAGUGGAAGAGGGGGCUGCAGUUGGAGUGCUGGACAUGUAUGUGCCGACUUGCAUACGUGCAGAAGGGAUGGUUGGUGUUUGCUGUCUUGUGUGUCAUUUCAUUUGGUCGGUCAGUCAAUUCCCCUUGGUCGUGCCAUGCGAUGCGCUAUGGAGAGGAGAAGUAAGAGGGACAGAGACUGCCUGUCACAGCCAGCACACAAUGCACGAGGAUCACCCCUGUCUCUUUGUCCCCUUCCUUUCAGGAGCGAAAUCUAUCGUGUGCAGACCCAUAAGGUUGCCAUCGCCUCUUCCUGUCUGAGUGCACGUCCCCUGUGUGUCUGUCUGUUAUGAGUGCAGUGGCAGUGGUCCAUCAGCAUCACGAUGUACGACAUCGCGGCCAUGUACAUGUGCGAGGAGAUCCUGGGCGGCGUCAGCGGGUAUGAGGCCAAGAGCCACCUCUGCUGCCCCAAAGCAUGCGGCGAAUGUGGCAAUGAUGAGUGCGAUAAGGCACCUGGUAGGUGGAUGGACACAUGAUGCUCUUGUUCUAUCCAUGUGCGCAUCGCAGGCGGCGCAACAAAUUGCUGUGCAGCGCCGAUGCUGUCGUCCAACCGCAACUGCUCCUCGCAUGCUCCGCCCUGUGUCGUCUCCUUUGGUGAGCAGAGGGACAACAGGUUGUCUCAUCCUUGACCUUUUUGUUGACUGGGUGAUUGCUGCUGGUUUGGGCAUUCAGGUGAUUCGGGCCCCUCUCAUUCUUCUUCUUCAUUUCGUGAACCGACCGCCUGGACAGCCACCAUCAAUCCAAACAGGAAGGUUGCAGGUGCAGAGAGAUAGAAACUGGUGCAGGCAGGCAGGCAGGCAGGCAGCUGGCCCAUGUGUUUCGUCAGAGGCGCAGAGCAUUAUCGUCAAGUAUCAAGGGUCGCUCCUGCCUGACGAUGUGAGCGAGAAAAUGCUGUACACUCGCGUGUGUAGCAGACACAGACAGGCGCGUGGAUGCAAUGCGUUGGUGCGUCGAUGGAUUGCGUCUCAGGGCGUGCCGACAUGGCUGGAGGACAAGUACGUCGUCUGGCCCGCGGAAGACAGCACAGGGGUGGGUGGCUGGGUGGCUGUCCAUUCUCAGCCGCAUCACAUGUGUGUCUCUCUGUGUGGCGUGUCAGGACAUGUUGAGGAUAGGUGACGAGCGUGGCCCGCUGAUCCUCGACCAGAGCCACUUCGACCUGACGGGUGCGGGCUGCGACAAGAUAGGCAUCACCUACGAGGGAUUCAAGCUGCAGCCAGACCGAUGCAGCGCCAAGAAGAACACCUGCACGGGGCGAAACCCAAACGAGUACCGAAAGGUGGGGGGGGGGGUUGGCAUGUGCGUAUGUGGUUGCUUGUUUGUUUGUGUCAGGAUGAUCUCGACAAGCCUGCACUGGAGAGAAACUGGCUGGUGGGUCACACACACACACAGACACAGACACGAGAGCCGACAGAGCCUCUUUGUUUCUUUGCAUAGCUGCGGUACCGUGUUGAAGCUGAGUCCAUCCUGCGUGCCGUUUCUCGCACCAACUUCACCGCAGACCGAAGCGCCCGCAGCGUCACCUUCAAGGUCACAGACACCGGCUGGAUGCGCACACCUCGAGUGAUUCAUUGGGUCAUUCAUUCAGUGGCUGGGCGACCACUCCUCUCUCAUUACUCUGGAAGCCAAGGCAGACUCACUGCGGUAAGCACCACACGCACACAGAGAAGAUGGGUCAGUGUAAUGCCCGUGUCUGGUCGGCUGUGGAGUGCAGGUGGGUGCUGCAGCUGUCUCCCGGCAGGAUUGUCGGGCUGCGGAUGGCUGACUUUGAGGCACUCAAGGGCGGAGACCUGGUCGUCAUUGUCCAGAACACAGGUAACCACAUCCGUGGGUUUGGUGUGUGGUUUGGUUUCUGGCACAGCUCUCAGCACAAGGCCCGUGUCUUGUGUAGGGUGGCUGUAUACAUGUGUGUCGUGGCGUGGUCAGGCAAGCUGACGGCGGAAUACGAGAUCGGCGUCUCGUGCUGCUGGGGAAAUGCAGGCUGCCAACAGAUCAAACAGGUAGGUAGGCACAAAAGCACACAGAGGCAGGCAUCAUCUCCCAUAUUGCUGUCCCGUCAGGCAUCGUCAGAGAGCAACGACAUGUCCUCGCUGUCGCAGGAGGCGUGCAGCUUCGUCAGCAGCAGCUACCUGCUCCACUCAGGCGCCAAGCAAGUGACCCUCUCGCCACAGGCCACACGAGAAGUGACCUUCCGGCUCAACACCGAGACAGAGCUCGGCGGCGCCGCCAGAUGCACGGUACGGUGGGUGGAUGGUAUUCGAUGAAUGGACGAAUGGAUGGGCCACGCAUCGAUGUCCCUUGUUGUGUGUUCAGGUUGGCAUGCUGAAUCAGCUGGCGGCGACUGAAGACCGUCGCACCAUCUGCUUCAACAUCACAGCCACCGAAGUGAGCAGCACAGACAGAUAGCAGAGACCGCUGGCUGGAACUGUGUCGUUUACCAUGCAGAGCACACUGGGUCAGCAGGAGGAGGGCGAGAUCGGGGGUCUGGGUGCGGGUGACUACAAGCCCGACUUCCAAUACGAGAAGGACAAGAUAUAUGUCGAGGUGACCUGCCGGGACAUCUGCCCAUCCUUCUGGGCACUGGCAUGCUUCGUCGACAACCUGGACAGUAAGAAGGCAUCGGACACACAAAUCCCCUCAAUCCUUCUCCCUCUCCCUUUUGCCACGUGUGUCUGUGUCAGUCUGUCUGUCCCGCUUGGGCCCUCUGGUUGGCGUCACAGUGUUGCUAGCCGUCCUGGGCUGCUGCCUCAUCUGCUUCCGUAAUUACAUAUUCUACUGCAUCGCGGCCCUCUGCAGAGGCGCACGGGGGAUGGCCACUGCACGGCCGCGCGUGACGUCCAACAGCCGACAUCCGGUGCGGCAGGCCAGACCUGCCCGAAGACAGAGAGGGGGAAAGGACGCCAGGAAGGAGGGUGGCGGGGGUAGGACGCGAGAGAGAGAUGAGGAUGUCGGCCGCGAGGGGGAGGGGCCACCAGCGGUUGAGAUGGGGGAGGAGAGAGAGAAGGGCAGGAGACGCUCCGCACGCAAGUGA